CUCCCUCCCUCUGCGCGCUGUGUCGCUCCUCCGCUGCGAGCCCUCACAGCCUGGAUCUAUGUUGUAGAUAGAUGGGCUAUAUGCCACACGCCGCCAACCUACAGGCUGCAAAGAUUCGAAGUUUGAUUUCACGUUUUUUGCCGUUCCUCCUCUACUUCUUCUUUGGGCUUUUUUCUCCUCUGCUUGGAUACAGCUGACUUACGCAUUGGAUAUGUGCACACAGGAUGAUGACAACCCCUUUCCUCCCCGUAGAAGUAAAAUAAAAUAGGCUUUCACACACACUGGAUUUACUCCUGUCAUUCCAUAUGAAGAAGUCAAAAAGUUGGAUACACGUCUGUGUCCGUUUCCUGCUGUUCAUCACGCUUGGGGUACAUUCAGAUACACUUGACGUCAACCCAGUGACCGAUGACAUCUCUAAACUCUACACUUUGAAGCAAAAUAUUCCUAAAGAUUACAAAAUUCCUGUGCGCUACGUUCCAAAACAAGAGGGUGGGAUGUGUUGGGUGAAAUUAAAUGUCUUCCCUUUGGAGGCGAGUUUACAAGAUUUAGCACAUAAGUUUGGAAACAUUUCAUCCAACAGAAACGACAUUAGGAUAUUCAUCCUAAUACUCCAAGACCUGCGGCUCAAAAUGGGUACAGUGGAGCUGAUCAUGUACGAUUUUGAGUGCCACUACAGGGAAGAGAGGUGGCACACAGAACAAUACUUUGACUUUGUCAAAGAAUUCCUUACAGCUGCACAGAAUAAAGAAGAUUCAGAUGACUGUGAUCCUCCUCCCUGUCCCACCACACCAUACACAGUAAUAGCAGAAGAAUAUUCAACAGAAUCACCCACUCCCAGCAGUAAAGGCCCAGAGUGUUCAACUGACUGCACAGCAUAUACAGAACCAAGAUACCUUCCUGAGGUGGUGGAGCGAAGCCUUCUCUCCUUACUGCUCAUUCCACUCCUAGCCCUCGUAUUCCUGCUUGUGUGGAAGGUCAGAUCACGGAGCAAUGAGGAGGAGCUUCAGCAAAAUCAUGCAGAAGCUGGACUCUUCACUGGAACAGAAGGGACUGCACUGCCACUAGAUGCUGAAAUAUCAGAAAAAGACAAGCUGAGCGUCAUCGAAACAGUGUAAUGCUUCUAUCCAUCAAUGUUCUUCAGUAUACUUGGGCUCUACUCUUCUCUCCUGUUGGUGUCCAAACAUGAAAAACACACAUGAGGCUGAACUCUAUAGUGAGAUCUCUGUUUUUGACUGCUCUCCAGAUCCAUGAUGGCAUAUUAACAAUUGCCGUGACCGAGAUUCUUCUGGUUAAAGCAUGCCUGAUACCGUAUGGAUAAGCUUGCCUUUCUUAAAAGACUGCAUUAACCCCAUGCAUUUGAAAAAAACAAAACAAAAACUGAGAUUUUAGCUAAUAGAAACACUCAUCCACCCCUUCAACCCUCAUCCAUCCAUCCAUCCAUCCAUCCAUCCAUCGCGACCUGCUGCAUCAUCAACUUUUUGGGGAAAAAUUUGCCUCUUUCUCAGCACGUUGCUCCAGUCUGUCUGCACCUUUGGGCCUGCCAGUUCACUUACAAAGAACAAAGCAGAGACUGACUGAUGCUGGUUAUCUCUUGUAUGAACUGAGGCAUGAAUUACUACCUCCAGUGGCCCUCUUGUUAAGCACAUUCUCAACAGCUCCGCAGUUUCUUCUUCAUCUGGGGUGUCCCAAAGAAUAAUAAUGUUAAGCGUUGUAGUUCCAAGGUGUAGUCGCAUUGUCUGGAUUAGGUGUGUACCCAUGGGGGUGUAUGAUGUAUUUAUUUAUUGGUUUCAGCACUCAGCUGCUGCUGUUCAUACAGUACAACUGAAAUGUUUCAAGCAUUUAAGAGUACCUUUACUAAUGAGUCACAUUUAAAGAACAAUCUGUAAACUAACACAUCAUAAACCCAAAAACACAUUCCUAAACAAGUGACAUAUUCUUGUAAGUUGUUGUUGUUGACUUGGGUGAUUUAGAAUGUGUGAGUGGAUUACAUGGAGAAAAAAAAAAAAAACAUAUAUAGAAAAUAUGCUGCUUUGACUAACUUACAUUUAGACUAUUAAAAUCUGUAAUGACAUUCUGUUCAUGAGUAUCAGGGAUGACUUGUGUGGAUCAAGAGUUUUUUUUUAUUAUUUAAAGGUGAAUUAUGCGGAACGUAGGUGUCAGGCACAUAUAAGACUACAGUGGGCCUCCAAUAAUAAAUGUUAGUUCAACAA